AUGUCAACCCGCAGACGCCCGAACUUCUUAACUCGAACUGCCGAAGAAGAUGCUGUUCGCCUCGAUCCUGGGGAGCCAGGACGCCAAGAAAGCACUUCUGAAGGUCCCCUGGAGCCAUCUGCUCCGCCGGAAAGGGCCUCCACGACACCUGCGACGGCCCAGCGUCCAUCACAUAUUCGCGAUCUUCCAAAAUGGUGGAGUGGGACAACAGGAGAAUUGGAUGCGGGCCAAUCUUCCCAGCAAAACCCGGCGAGUGCGCUGGUACAUAUGCCCCUGUCGAAAAGCCCAUUGAGCGGAGCUAGCAACGAUAAGAAAGACAAGAAUGGACAUAGGUCUCGUACAGCGGAGGAGUCCAAGAAGCUCGGUACUUUUUCUGGAGUUUUUGUGCCGACAACAUUGAAUGUGCUGAGUAUUUUGAUGUUCCUGCGUUUUGGCUUCAUCUUGGGCCAAGCAGGGUUGCUAGGCAUACUAGGUCUUCUGGUUGUAUCCUAUUUGAUUAACCUGGUAACCACAAUGUCUCUCUCUGCAAUUGCGACGAAUGGCACUGUGCGAGGCGGUGGGGCGUAUUACUUGAUUUCUCGUUCUCUGGGACCGGAGUUUGGUGGCUCCAUUGGUAUCGUGUUCUACUUGGGCUAUGUAUUCAACACGGGCAUGAAUGCCGUCGGAUUGAUUGACUGUCUGACACAAAACUUUGGUGUUGUCUCUGGGGCCUUGAGCAACUUUCUUGCGGAAGGGUUCUGGUGGCAGUAUCUCUGGGGUACUGUGGUCUUGGUCCUCUGCACAGCUAUUUGCUUAGCUGGAAGCUCCAUCUUCGCCAAAGCUAGCAAUGGUCUGCUGGUAAUCCUCUUGAUUGCUACAUUUAGCAUUCCAUUGUCCGCUAUUUUCAUGAAGCCAUUCCACUCGGUUAAAGACGGCGUGGAGUUUACGGGACUGAGCAUGCAAACCUUGAUGGGGAAUUUGAAGCCCCGUUUAACCAAAAAUGCAGCAGGAAGUCAGUUACGCGGAAAGGAGACGUUUCAAGAUCUUUUCGGUAUCCUGUUCCCUGCAACAGGAGGCAUCUUCGCAGGCGCAAGCAUGUCUGGGGAUCUGAGGAACCCAAGUCAGGCCAUCCCCAAGGGCACGCUGGCUGGCCUGGCGCUGACUUUUGUAACUUAUGCGCUGGUCGUUGGUGCAAUGGCAGCUUCUAUUACCCGAGAGUCCCUUUAUAACAAUGUGAAUGUGAUACAAAUUGUCAAUUUCUCCGACACCAUAAUUCUUCUCGGAGAAUUUGCAACUACUUUCUUCUCCGCCUUGAUGGGUGUUAUCGGGUCUGCAAAACUUCUGCAAGCCAUUGCUCGAGACAGUUUGCUACCAGGGCUCAACUUGUUUGGUCAAGGUACUAAGAAGAGCGAUGACCCCAUAUAUGCCAUUAUUGUGACCUUCAUAUUUGCGCAAAUAACGAUGCUGUUUGACAUCAAUCGGAUCGCCUCAUUCAUUACCAUGGCAUACUUGAUGACUUUCCUUGUGAUGAACCUGGCUUGUUUCUUACUGAAAAUCGGAUCCGCACCGAACUUUAGACCAUCCUUUCGUUAUUUCAAUUGGCAGACGGCCGCUGCAGGUACACUCGUCAGUGGGAUGAGCAUGUUCUUCGUGGAUGGGCUCUAUGCUGCUGGCUGUGUUGGAAUACUGAUCGUGAUUUUCUUGUUCAUACACUACAGCUGUCCACCCAAGCCCUGGGGGGAUGUCAGCCAAAGUUUGAUCUAUCAUCAGGUGCGCAAAUAUCUGCUCCGUCUGCGCCCCGAACAUGUUAAAUUCUGGCGCCCUCAGAUUCUGCUCUUUGUCAGUGAUCUUGACAGGCAGUAUAAGAUGGUUUCGUUUUGCAAUUCGCUCAAGAAAGGUGCGCUGUUCGUGCUGGGCCAUGUCAUUGUUACCGAAGACUUUUCCUCAGCCGUACCGGAGGCCCGUCGCCAGCAGACGACAUGGACCAAGCUAGUGGAAUAUUCCAAAAUAAAAGCGUUUGUGAAUGUCGCCGUGGCCCCUGCUGCUGAAUGGGGAAUGCGCAACAUUGUUCUCAGUUCCGGGCUGGGAGGCAUGCGGCCCAACAUUGUUGUAAUUGACCAGUUUAGAGAGGAUCAUUCGCUCGUGGAGACUUUCUCGGCCAGCAGCAAAUCACGGCGUCGGUCAUCCGCCUUUCCUCGAGAGCCGGAUGACGCCACGACAGCAGCUCUACCUGAAAAGCCAAUGUCGAUUCAAAGCUAUGUGACUAUUCUUGAAGACCUCUUGUUCAAGCUUCGGAUAAACGUCGCCGUGGCAAAGGGGUUUGAGGAGCUUGAACUACCAGACCGCAAUGGACAUCAUACGAAGAAGUACAUUGAUCUGUGGCCGAUUCAGAUGUCAGCAGAACUGGGGGCCGAUAGCGAAAGCAAGCAAAACGUGACGACAACCAAUUUCGAUACUUAUACUCUCAUUCUUCAGCUGGGCUGUAUUUUGAAUACUGUUCCAUCUUGGAAAAAGACAUAUCAACUCCGAGUCGCCGUGUUCGUUGAAUAUGAGACGGAUGUUGAAGAGGAAAGAGCUCGAGUCGAAGCUCUUCUCGAGAAAUUGCGCAUACAGGCUGAAGUUCUUGUCUUCUGGCUUGCCUGCGGCGACGUCAAAUCCUAUCGGAUCAUCGUCAAUGGCGAUACGUCUCCGGAAGUAGAGGAUGCCCAAGAGAAAGUGCAAUCCGUUUUGGGCGCCGAAGAAUGGUGGCAAGGAGCUUUGCAGGCCCGCAAUAACUAUGGUGACUUGGAUGAGACCGGUAAUGUUGAUAUCCGACCUUCAGGUCAAACGCCAGCGGGGGCCCCUGAGAGUGGAGAGAGUGAAGGCAAGUCCCUGAGCAGCCGUGUUAGCGGACUACGCAAACUCAUCGAGUCUACUCGACGUCGGCGUUCUGUAUCAUCAUUCAGGGCUAUGGGCGGACUGAACUUGGGAAUGCAAACCCAUCGUCUGCUGGACGCAUUUGUGGACUAUGACGGGGACGAUUCCAGCAGCGAAAGUAGCGCCGACAGUGACCUGGACUCAUACGUCAGCGAGCCCGAGGAUGAAGCCGCCCCUGUCCCCAAGGACGGACUUCGACCGGACUUUGCGUUCACGCGAAAUUCUGCCCGCACCAGGAGUGCCGAUCGAAGCUCUGGGAUUAGCCCCAAGACUCGUUCCCAGCCGCAGCCCAGUUUCUCAGGAGAGCAAGGAUCCAUUCCAACCUCAGCUGCAGAAUCUACUAUCCCUAAAAUUGUGGCUGAAGAAGCAUCUCCGAAGACCAAGUCCCCAGCUUCUCUCUCUAACCUUCCUAGCCAAUCGAAUCGACCGUCAAUGAGUCGGUCUGCAUCUAGCAACCGUUUCAGCUCGUCACCGAUUCCGGAAGCUAAGGUCAAUACCGAAGAUGACGCUGGUCCCUCGAUCAUGUUCGAGUCAAGCGCAUCCCCCCGCGUUUCAACAAGUUUGACUCAAUCUAUGCUCGAGGACCUGGCGCCGCGUCGCCCUCUAGCAGCGGUCCGGCCAAUCGUAAAGCGACAGGCUUUCCGGGCCCAGCUUCUGUUCCUCUUUCAUUCAACGACUUGCCGAGCCGGGCUCAGCAUCUCAUCUUGA